AUGGGCCCACCACACGCGGUGAUCCUCUUUAGCACUUAUCUUCGCACUCAACUCCCCCCUCCACGCUUUGACGGAAAUCCAGAGACCCACCCCUUCUACCAAGAGCUGCACGCCUUCCUCAACCGCAUCGCCAAGGGAGGCACCACCCUUGUCACCGACCUCCAUCCUGCAUUCAUCCGUCCCGCCGAGUCAACAUGUUCUGCUCCGUGGUCUGACGGCGCCGAGCCGUGA